GCGUUCUUGUACCAUAGCGACAAGAAAGGUUUUCAGUAGCAACCUUGGCUCUGAGCGGAAUAAAGUCUUUUUUGAAGAGAGGAUUUAGGAAUUUGUGGGACAACCCAAAAACUGAACAUGCUCUUCAACCCACAAAUAUGGCACCAUUUGUAAGGAAAGACAAUAAACAGACUUUCCAAUUGCCAACUAAAACAUGUCCCGUGUCCUCGAUGAGACAGCGACAGACCUCCCAGUCAGAGACAUGACCAUCAACCUGUCGCGGCUUACUGAGGCUCCACAAGAUCCGUCUGUGCAUCAGCACGCUCGGGAGCGGCAGAACAUCGGGAAGUUGUCCAGGGAGGAGCUGGAGGACCGCUUCCUACGUGUCCAUGAGGAGACGCUGCAGCUCAAACAGCACAUUCACACACAGGAUGAAAAGAUUAAGAAGUUGGGCACCAAGCUGAUGAAGCUGGUUAAGGACCGUGGGCGGAUGGAGCAGCUGGCUGCAGGUGCAGCACAGCCUCUGUCCAGAUUCCGAGACCUGGAGAUGGAGGAGAUGGUGGAGGAGCUCCAGGAGAAAGUCAGAGGUCUGCAGGCUGAGAACGAGGGGCUGAAACAGCGCCUGGUGGUGGCCAAACAACAGAUUAUCAACUCGCAGAGCCGAAGGCAGACGCAGUAUGAGCAUGUGCACUCCCGGGUGAACUCUGGUCUGAAGAAGCUCAGAGAUGAUUCUUCAUCACCAUCUCCUGGACGUCAGAGAAGUAUGAGGAGUUUGGAAGGAGGUGGGAGACCUCCGACUGGCCAGCUGCCUCGGUAUGGACACAGCCUGCUGGAGGAGGCAAGGGCUGAGAUCCGAAACUUGGAAAACGUGGUGGAGUCUCAGCGGAGUCAUAUGGACGAGCUGGAAGGAGUGUCCGAGCAACUGAGGGAGGAGCUGAGGAGGAAGGAGGAGGACUUCGAGGAGAAGCUCCUGCAGGCCCGACAGAAGCAAACUUCCACUCUUAGGUCACAGGUCAAUAGCAACAUGUCGAUGAUCAACCUGCAGAAGCAGCUGGCCGACAGAUCCAACACCGUGACAGAACUGGAGAGUCGAUAUCGGCUUCUGCAGGAGGCUCAACGGACGCUGAAGGCGAGUAACGAUGCAGCGAUGGUGAAGGUGGACGAAUUGACAGCUCAGCUGAAAGACGAAAGGAUGAAGAAUCUGGAGCUAGACCAACAGCUGCAGACUGCUAACAUCACCAAGAUCCAGGUGGAGCAGUUAAAGGAGCAGAUCAGUGACCUGGAGCAGGAGGGGGUGUUGCUGAAGGAGAGCAACAAGAAACUGUUGAACAGUGCCUUCGAUGUUUCUCAGCAGAAGGGACAGCUUCGGGAGCAGCAGCUGAAGUUACAGAUCGUUCAACUGGAGACGGCGCUGAAGGCUGACCUCGUGGACAAAAACGAAAUCUUGGACAGGAUCAAGUCUGAGAGAGAAAAAAAUGAGCAGCUGACAGAAGAAAAUCAGAAGCUUCAGAUUCAGUUUCUGGAACAGAAGCAACAAGUGGAGGAACUGAAUGACCGGCUGAAGUUCUACGGCAGAGAGAAGGAUUACAGCGUGGCUGAACUCACAGAGGCCCUACUGCUUAUUAGAAAGCGCAAGUCCCAGAAAAGCGGAGAUCUGAACUUCCUGGUAGACAUAGAUGAGGAUGGGAGGAGCAACACGGAGAGCUCCAUCAGAGAGCUGAGAGCUGCUCACGCUGAAACUAUCCAGGUGCUGGAGAAGACCAGGAACCUCCUGAACAUGGAGAGCCGGAUCAGCAAAGACUACAAGGCGGAGCUGGAAGCGACCUUACGGAAGAUGAGUAGCGACAAGGUUGAGUUUGAGCACAAGCUGGAGCGUCAGGCUCAGCUGCUGGAUGCCAGAACAGCAAAGAUCACCAAGCUGGAAGGUCAGCUCAGAGACAUUGCUUACGGCACCAAGACCUACACCUUCAAACCGGACCUGACGGGUGAAGAUGAGGCUGAUUUCUUUGAUGAAGCCGUCCAGCUGGAACGUGGAGAGAACCUCCUGGAGCUUCAGAUAGUCGGAGCCACACUGUCUCCUCCUGCCCUGCAGGUUCUCGGUGAUGGCGAACCCUCCACCUUCUGCACGUACACCUUCUACCUGUUCAAGCCACACUCCACUCCGGUGGUGACAGGCCACAGGCCCAGAUACGGUUUCACCUCCAAGUACGUAGUGAGCAUGGACGAACACUUCAUGGACUACCUGCACAGGUGCCCCGUCACCGUGGAGCUGAAUCAGGCGCUUGGAAUGGACUGGAGGAUGCUGGCAACGGGGCAGCUGCGGCUGCAGCAGCUGCUGGACCAGAAAGGGAAAGUCUACGGCAGUAUCCCGCUGGUUGGAACACAUGAAGAGGCCCGAACCUUUGGAUCGCUGGAUUACUGGCUCCGACUGAGGAUUCCCAUGACGGAGACGAUGAGUUUGUACCGAGAGAAGCUGAAGGCUGUGGGAUACAUCCACACGGCUCUCAGUGAACACUCACAGCAGCCGGCCAGCUCCAGCAGGAAUGAACUCUUCAUCACCGUCCAGCGCUGCAGAGACCUUCAGUCCAGGAGCUCCCAGCAGCCGAAUCCCUACGUCGUCUACAAGUUCUUUGACUUUCCUGAUUAUCCCACUGCUACCAUGGACAACCGCAGCCACCCUGAGUUCAACGACCUAAAGUCCUACUCCAUCCUGAUGGACGAAGACCUGGACCAGUACCUGAAGACUGAGGUGCUUCAGUUCUACGUGUUUGACUACAAAGAGGAGCAGAUGGACACAUACCUGGGGAAGGCCCAAGUGCCGCUGCUUCCACUGACCCGAGAUCAAGAGGUUUCAGGUGUGUUUGAGCUUGCUGAUCCCUCCGGAAGACCCGCCGGCUGCAUAGCAGUGACACUGAGGUGGAAGUUACCCUACUGUCCCUCACCAGGGGUCACAAUGGCUACUGAGGAGGCCCAGUUGUUCUCAAAGCAUCAUGUUGGAGGAGUGGUUGAUCCUAAUCAGGAGCAGGCGAAUGUUGAGGCAGAGAAGACAAACAGACAAAUGGAAGAUGUCAAAGAGAUGCUGCAGGAGGAGAAAGAAAAGCUUGUGAACCCUCACUCUAAAGCUGCAGUUGCUGCCAUUUCCAAAGUGGCACUGCCCAGAAUCAGAGGACAGAAGACACAAGAGAGGGACGGAGCAGGGGCCAAACGAGUCACGUUUGUGGACGUGACACCUGCAGAAGACAAGUUUAUGGAGCAGAGCUUAGCAGAGAGUAUUCCAGGGAAAGAGAAGGCGACAUUUGCUCCUGAUGUCCAGGUGGCAUCCAAAGCCGGUCAAGGGACAACAGAAGAAGGUGAUGAUGAUGAGGAGUCUCAUGUUUCUGAAGGACAGCUGGUUCAGGGCACCCAUUCCUACUCUGAUGACUCUGACAUCUCAGAGGAAAUCAUUGAAGAUGUGGAGGAAGCUGCACCAUCUGCGGACCCUCUGAGAGAGUCCACACAGUCCGACAGUGAUGACUGCAUCGUUCAGGGACAGGCCACAGGGAGAAAGCUUUCUGAAAGGGUCCGGGUGGAGGUGGUCUCUCUGAGCCUGACGCCGCAGUCCCGGCUGGCGCAGGACGACAGCGUAGUGCGUCUGUUUGUGGAGUACAACUUCCUGGAUCUGCCUACCGAGGAGACCCCUCUGUCUCUGCCCAAACCCCCCCAGGGCCGGAUCAUCAACUUCAACUACAGCAAAGUGAUUCCUGUGGACGCGGAGAACAACCGAGCGAGGCGACGACUGCUGAGGGAAGUCCUGCAGGGACGAAACUCUCAGAUUGAAAGAAUUCGGUUUACGGUGGUGAGCGAGCCACCGGAGGAAGAGGAGCAGGAGAGGGAGUGUGAGGAUGUGGGUGUGGCCUACCUGAGGAUCCCUGAGAUUCUGGAGAAACAGGAGGACGUGACGGAGACCAGCCUGAGCGUUCUGGAUGUGGAAGACAGCAGUGAGGUGGUGGGCCAACUGACCGUGUCUGUGGAGGGACUCGUGGCUAUGCGAGCCAUCAUGGAGGACCAGGACCUAGAGUGAGGCCACAGCUGCUUUUAUCUGGAUGACCUCUAAGAGCCAAGACCUGAUGUCAGGAGGAUUUAGUACGCCUUCGCUGUUCUGUUGGCUUGUUUUCUGCUCUAAAAAAGAAUCAGGACAAACAUAGGUUAAAACAUACAAGUUUUAGUCUGUUACAGUUGUGAAGGUCCAAACUCAAACAUGCUCAGUUUCCACCAGAAGAGUCUUUAAAUUGCCCAGCUGGAUAUUUUUCUUCAGCCUCGCAUUGAAAACUGGGAAUCCUUGGAACAGUCAGUAGAUUUAGCUCCAGAACUGUGAUGACCAGUCAGCUGACAGGAAACUACCUACAGCUUUCUGUAGAUAAGAUCAGUCUUUUAUUUAUUAAGACUUAGUAGUCUUGAGGUCCUCUGACUUGAUCACUGCCAACUAGACAAAAUCAGGACUGGUUUCAGGUGGAGAAGAUAAUGUUAAACAUGGUUUUCUGCAUUUUCUGUGUGUUGCAGCUUAAUGCAGAAAGAAAAGCUAUAAGCUCUCAGAAAAACCUGCAAAGUUCGUGCUGUUUGGACUGUGUUUAUCUGUCGGAGGUGCACUGAUGUUGUUCUGCAGGUCUGUUGGAGCUGUUGCUCUGACCAUCAUGUUAAUGCGUCUUGUUCGGUUUCAUUGGUGUAUCAUCUAAGCUGUACUUCAGCCUCAGGUGGUUCCUUCUGGAUCUCUGACAGGUGAGAAACACCUGAAUGUUUUACAGUUUCACUUCAGAUGAUGAGACACAAGCAGAUCAGGUGGUUCAGACCUGCUGUCAGGAUCCUUUUAUUUAAUUUCAUCUUUUUAUACCAGACAUAGAAAACGUCCACUUUGUGUCUUAAAUUAUUUUCUUGUGAAAUUUUGAAUGGUCUUCUAAUAAAAUGUGUUUCUUCUGAA